AUGCGCCAGGCGGCAAAGGGGGACUGGAAGCAGCUGCUACAGAAUGCCUGGAACAUCUACUGCCAGGCCACCGCAAGGCAUGAGUGGAACAUCGAAGUCUUUACCAGUGCUCUGGCACGAGGUAUCCGGACGACCAAGCCACUUACAGGUGAUUCUGCACCGGCAUCGCCCAAGAUGGGACCAAAGGACACUCCCGACGAGGAGAAGAAUGCUACAAGCAGCAAGGCCAAAACGAAGGCGGCCAAGACUGAGGCUGGCCUCAGCAAGUCUGAGAAAGCUCUUAAGAAGAAGGGUGCUGCAAGUGAGGCUCCAAAGAAGGGUCUGAAAAGGAAAGGCCUGAAGGCGAAGGCUCCUGCAGCGGAAGCGCCAAAGGAAGCAGGCAAGAAGCCAAAGAAGAAGCUCAAGAAGAACGUGCAAAAGUAA